UUCCAUCAUUUAUCCUGGGCUUAGGCACCACCCAAAUUCAUCCUUAAAAUGGACGCCGACACUCUGGCAAAGGCAUUCGUAGAGCACUACUAUUCCACCUUCGAUACUAACCGGGCUGGGCUUGGAAAUCUGUAUCAAGAAGGAUCCAUGUUGACUUUUGAAGGAAUUAAAACUCAGGGUUCCCAAAAUAUAGUAGCAAAACUUACUAGUUUACCAUUUCAGCAGUGUCAACAUACUAUAAAUACAAUUGAUUGUCAGCCAUCUGGUCCUGCUGGUGGUAUGCUUGUUGUCGUCUCUGGUCAUUUACAACUAGCUGGUGAACAACAUGCUCUUAAGUUUGGUCAGCUGUUUCAUCUGAUGCCAACACCACAAGGAAGCUUCUACGUGUUCAAUGACAUUUUCCGGUUGAAUUAUGGCUGAGAUGCUCAAGAUGAAUGCUAUUCAUGUUGAUUAGUUCGGUCUCUUCUAAGUUCUGGACUUUGGAUGAAAUUCAAGUUUCUUGAAAUAGUUUACUCAAUUAUAUUGUGUCUCUUCUUCAUGUACUUGAUUUAGAAAUUGCUAUGGUUAAAUGUUUAGAGUUGCUCCACUCUGUUUUGACGUUUACUCAUUGGAGAAUGACAAUUUGAUGACAUCUAUCUACCUGUAUUGAAGAUCUUAAAUACCAAAA